GUUAUUUUCUUUCAACAUUCUCAGGAAGCUAAUAAUGUGAGAGGUAUAUUUUUAGACCAGUCUGAAGUAACAAAAAGCAUUGCAUUGGAACGCAUGACCUUCACCAAUAUGAGCAAUCUUCGAUGCCUCAAGGUGUAUGAUUCUUGUUGUCCACGGCAGUGUAAAUCUGACAGUAAAUUAUACUUUCCGGAUGGGCUUGGUCUCCCAUUGGAAGAGAUCAGAUAUCUUCACUGGUUAAAAUUUCCACUGAUGGAACUUCCAUCAGAGUUUAAAACAGAAAAUCUUGUUGACCUUAGGCUUCCUUACAGCAAAAUUUCACAUGUUUGGGAAGGAAUCAAGGUUAGUUCUCUAGUGAAUUUUUACUAAACUAUUGGCAUGUGUAUUUAUUGUUUUCCUUAUUGGAAGUUUAAUUCUAAUGAAUUAUCUCAGGAGACACCACGGCUGAGGUGGGUAGAUCUAAGCCAUUCAAGUAAGUUGCUCAGCUUAUCGGCAUUAUCAAAGGCUGAAAAUCUUGAGAGAUUAAAUUUAGAAGGCUGCACGAGCUUGUAUGAGUUACCACUGGAGAUUCAGAACCUGAAGUGCCUCGUUUACCUAAAUAUGAGAGGGUGCAUACGUCUGCAGUGUCUUCCAAAGAUAACUUUAAUCUCUCUUAAAAUUCUCAUUCUCAGUGGAUGUCCAAGUCUAGACGAAUUUGAGUUAAUUUCUGAAAGUUUAGAAUUCUUGCAUUUAGAUGGAACUUCAAUCAAGACACUUCCACCGGCCAUAAGAAACCUCGGAAGACUUGUCAUGUUGAACAUGAGAAACUGCAAAAUGUUGGAGUUCCUGCCAGACUGUAUUUGCGAGUUGAAACUUUUGGAGGAGCUAAUUCUCUCUGGUUGUUCAAUGCUUAGGAACUUUCCCUAUAUCAAGCAGAGUCUGACACAUCUACAGAUAUUACUUUUUGAUGGGACAGGAGCAGAAGAGAUGCCACAAGUAUUAUACUUCACUAGUGUCAGUAGAGCAUCCUUACUUCAUCAUUUAUCUUUGAGCGGAAAUAAUUUCGUCAGCUUGCAAGCUGACAUCUCACAACUCCAUCACCUGAAAUGGCUUGAUGUGAAACACUGCAAGAAGCUAAGAUCGGUUCCAGUGCUUCCUCCAAGACUUGAAUACUUUGAUGCACAUGGUUGUGAUUCUUUGGAAAAAGUUGCAAAUCCGCUUACUCUUCCACUAGUGGCGACGGAGCAGAUACAUGCCACGUUCAUAUUUUCCAACUGCAGAAAGCUUCAUCAAGAGGCAAGGGAUAGUAUCAUCUCCUAUACUCGGCAGAAAAUUCAAUUAGUGCUAGAUGCACUUUCUCGAUACCAUGGGGGAAUUACCUCGGAAGCUUUGAUUGGAACUUGUUUUCCUGGUUGGGAAGUACCCGCAUGGUUUAGUCACCGAGCAUCUGGAUCAUUGUUGAACUCAAAGCUGCCUCCAUACUGUGACAACAGGUUUACUGGGAUAGUUCUAUGCGCUGUAAUCCAGUUUCCAUGUUACAAUAACCACUCUAAUCUCUCGGUGGAAUGUACCGGUGUAUUCAAGACUGAAGACGGAACUCAUAUUCCCUUUAGUUGCAGUAUUGGAGUUUGGAGCGAAUCAAGUAACAUGACGCAGAAAAUGGACUCAUCUCAUGUCUUUAUUGGCUAUGUUCGUAGACUGGAUGUCGACACACAAGAGGAAAUAUGCGCAUUUAAUGAAACCUCACUUGAGUUUCAAGUUACAGAUGGUACCGAAGAGGUAGUAGUAGGUUGUGAAGUAGUUAAGUGUGGCUUUGAUUUGGUACAUGUACCCGAUGAAAGAGAAAACAUAUUUGGGAUGCAUAAACUGUUGUCGACGUCCAGGGUGAAGCAUCAAAACUACUUGAAAAGUGUCGGAGUUAUAUAGUGAUAUCUAGAAUCAAUCAUACUCUCAUCUACCAUAAGGAACAUCUUGUGUAAGCUUGAAGACAGAGGCUCUGGCUAAAGCCUGUUAAGCAAAGGUCUUAGGGGCCAUAAUUGAUAUAUAUAUUUCGGGCGCCAAAGUGUAAUAGUUUAAUCACCUUAGCCUAUUGGUUUGUGUACAUGUUCUCUAGUGCUACAGAUAAUGAGUUCAGUUUUGCUUCCCUUUUACUAUUUUUUUCUUUUUGGAAAUUAAUCGCAAUAAAACUUUUUGGAGAGACUAAUAAAAGUCGCCGGUGUUCCUUUUCCGGUGAUACGACUCCCGACGUUCGGGCUUCGCCUCCGGCAACAGUGGCUUUCACAGCACCGAUUGGCUGGCACCUGUCUCUAGCGGCACAUCGUCCUUUGAUGUUGCCGGCUGGCUCUAUGUCGGACCUCUUCCGGUUUUACCCUUGUUUUUCCUUUUUGUUGUUUAUUGUUUAUACUUUUCGGGUUUCUUUUGACUUUUCGAUCUCCUAUCGGUUUUAUUGAGUUAGAUCUUUUGAUUGGAAAGUUUCAACCUUUCCCUUUGGUUAGGGUUUGUCAUCUUCAAGCUUAUUCAAAUUUUUAAAGAUGGCGGUGGUUGCAUGUUCUGGGGUUGAAGCUUUCGUUGUCUUAAGAUCGCUUGGAAUGUUGUCAAAACCGAAUCUUCUUGGAUCGAUUGAAGCAUCAGUGUUGGAACCUUUGUGCUCUGUUUCGACUAAGAGUUGUUGACGACGGUUCUGGUCGUUGCUCCUGUUUCCGGGAAGCUCCGGUGGACUCCGAUCAAAAUUUCGGUCUCGACCCACAAACCGGUUCCGUUCGAGGACAUAUAUGUUUCUUCCGCCACCUGUCCCGCUUCGUUCGGGGACUUCCACGUGGUAGCGAGUCAUCAGAGUUGUUCAUCGCUCACCUUUGGGCUCUUUUGUGUCUGGGCCAACGUUAUGGGCUGCUUCUGGCGUUCUCGUGUCGCAGGCCUUUCUUGUUGGGCCCCUUUUCUUUUCGUUUGUACUGCCCUUUCUUUUGGGCUUCUUUGUACUGCCUUUCUUUUGGGUCUGCUUGUUUUAAACUCUGUUUUUGUUGAAUAUAAUAGGGUUAUUUACUUACCAUUUCUAAUUUUACUCUAUCCUAAAUAUUAUAUUAAAUGAUAUAUUAAAUAAACAAUUUAAUAAAGCAAACGGUAGUUUUUUUUUGUUGAGAAAGCAAACUUUAGUUAUUCAUUUUAAGUAGACGUUCUUCUUGUCACUGUUGGCUAAAAUAGAUAAAACCCAAUUGUCUAUUCUCGAAGGUUUUUAAAGGCAGAUAUUUUUGGAAUACUGAUCCCUUGGAGGAUCACAAAUCUUAUUCAUCCUCGUAUGGAUGGAGAAGCAUCUGUUCAUCUAGAUCUCUGGUUAAAAAAAGACUAAUCAAAAGUGUGGGAACGGGACAGUCCAUCUUUAUAUGGACUGACCCUUGGAUCCCCGCUCCUCGUCCAAGGUCAGCAAUACCGAAAAAUGAUAUUCAAUUUUUAAAUCCAUCUUUAAUGGUGGAACAUCUUAUCAACCCGGUUGAUAGAUCUUGGAAUGUAGAAUUUCUUAAUGCAUACAUACAUUCUGACGAUGUUAAAAUCAUUAGGGGUUUGGCGGUUAGCAGGUGCCAGAGGCCAUACACAUAUGGGUGAAAUUUCAUUGAAUCUGGUAAAUAUUCGGUUAAUUCAGGAUUCCAGAACGGAGACUUUAUUCCCGGAUAGAGUUCCCAGGAUGAUCACCUUUGGACCAAAUAUUAAAUCUCUAUUGGCCUUUUCCUCGAAACGGAAGUGUUCUCUGAAUUUGAAACACUUCAUAUGGCAAAUAUUAUCGGACACAUUACCAGUCUUAAAAACCCUAAAGACACGUGGGACUGAUUGUGAUCUAUGGUGUAGCAUUUGCGGGUAGACGAGGAAUCUACUAACCACAUACUUUUUGAAUGUCCAUCAGCACUUCAAACAUGGGCUCUAUCCAGGAUUCCUUCCCCUCCUGGAAUUUUCCCAUCAACAUCGGUUUACACCAGUAUGGAUUAUCUCUUCUGGAGACUUCCAAAAGAUGGGGACUUUAAUUAUUUUCUUUGGAUGUUGUGGUAUAUUUGGAAGAAUCAAAAUGAUAAGGUUUAUUCGAAUAGGAAUGGAAAUCCGCAGGAAAUACUUCGUAUAGCACAUGUGGAAAGUGAGCUUUGGGCAGAGGCAUAAUUGUUGAUCAAUGGACACCUUGAGAAUUCACAGCAGUUUUCUGAUUGGCAAGCUUUGGAACAUAACAGAGUCUGUUAUAUUGAUGGAGCAUGGAAAGAGGAGGAUAAUUAUACAUGAUAAAGAUGGUUCUGUCGAAGGAUAGAUUCGACAGAAGUCAUGAUGGAGACGAUGAAUCUUCGACGGAGUCUAUCACCUUUGCACGCUGAGUGUGAAGCUCUGAUUUGGGUAAUGGAAUGCAUGAAGACCCUCCAAUUUUCUGAUGUAGUUUUCGCGACGGAUUGUUCUCAAUUGGUGAAGAUGGUGUCGACACCUGAAGAAUUUCCAGCUUUUUCUACACAUAUGGAAGAGUUCAGACGAAGUAAGACUUUCUUCUCUAAUUUCAGGAUCAGACAUAUCCCAAGAGCACAAAAUUCUAUGGCGGACAAGCUUGUACGUGGUACGAUGAGUUUUCCUUCAGCUAUACUAUAUGUCGAUUCAACACCUCUGGUUUGGUUUUCUGAACCGAGAGGCCCAACUACUUAUUUUAGAUUUUGUUGUCAAAAAACAAUUAUCAGUACCUCAUAUUUUACAUUUUAUUUUUAUUCAAUCUUCAUUAUUAAUAUGACUCUCAAUAUUACAUGUCUCGUUUGCUCUAUUCAUUCCUUUUUUGUAGGUUCUUAUUAUUUUUAGGACUUUAUGAAUUUUGAACAUACAAAUUAUCUUAAAUUAGGUUCUAAUAUCCCGUGCCGUUAGACAUUUCAUCAAAGGGAAAAUGAUGUUGAUGCUAGCGUAAUUGUAUCAUGUAUUGUCAUAUUAAACAGUUUAUGUUUUUUUAUAGAAAAUGCCACAAAAACAAAGAUUGGUAAUCAAUCAGUAAAACCAUUUUUUCAAGAAUAAUAUAAUUUUAAUAUUUUUAUUUUAUUUUAUUUGAUAGCAAGUUAAUAUUUAAUAAUAUAUUGUAUUAUUUCGCUUCUGAUCAGUUCACAAUUCAUAGAUCCUUCUGAUUCCAUUAGUAAUGAAAAUCCGGAAAAUCACUAUCACACAAUAAUCAAUCAAAGAGAGAUUCAACAACUAAAAGAAAGAUUGAUUCUUUGGGAUCCUUCCUCAAACGGAAGGAAGAGAGAUACCAUCAAAUCGAUUCCCUAAAUACAUAGUUUUAUGUAUAUUCCUCAAUGCGCCAGCUAUUCAAGGAAUGUAGAAACUAAAUGAAUAAUCAUCUGCUUCCAAAAGAAAGCAAAGGAUUUUCUUGGAAUCCUACAAGAGCUAUUCAGUCUGCAGCUCCAAGUUCAUAUUAGGCAUUGUGCUUGUUUGCUCAUCAAGGUUUACAUAUUUUAAAUGCAGUACAAAUAUUAAGUUAUAACUAGAGCACCAGUUUUAUAAAGCGCUUCAGGCACCACAUAAGUCCGGACCGCCACUGCUUGAAGAGGGAGAAUAAUGUCAUAUAUCAGUUUUUCCAGAGUCUAAAUCCAGAGAGGGUCAAGAAAGCUCAAAGGUGAAGUCACUCAUUUUGGAAAGACCCGAAAAAAUAAUGGUAUCAAAUAUCAACCUUACACAUGUCUAGCUAAAGCGAAAUAUUUUGGAAAGUUGAGAAGGGAUGAUAAUGUCCUAUAUCAGUCUUACAACACUAUAAAGCCAGAGAGGGCCACGAACGUCCUGGGUGAAGUCACUCAUAUUGGAAAGACCAGAAAGAAUCAUGAUAUCAAAUAUCAGCCUCAUGAUAGUCGAAUCCCGAGGAGGGAAAUCAAC